AGUAAAGCGGUGCAGCUGAAGUAAACAUGCGGUAGUGUGAGAGAAGACUACGGCAAGCUAUAAACGUGUAACGUUGACUGUGAAUGAAGGCGGUUUGUCUCCGUUAGCUUCCCCGGUUAGCUCGGAGCAUUGUAGCUAACGCCGCGGUGCUAAGCUAGUGGAGCAGCCGCAGUGCGUGUCGGGAAAGUUGAGCGGCCACACCGAGGGAAGUUUAGUGUCCUCGGCUCGGCUCCAGCGUCAGGGCGCAAAAACAGCUUGAAGUCAUCGCGCCGGUCUCCGUGAAAACCUCUGACAGAAGGAGCCCUGCUGCUUUUACCGGACCUGGUGAAAAUGUGGCUGCACUGAGUCUCCGCGUCCGUGCUGUGUGCCCCGAUGAGCUCCGUGCAGACCCCACAGAUGGAGAACUACCGCAAAGCUCACACCGUGGAGCAGCCGUGCGUCUGUCCGUUCCCCGGCCUCGCCUCGGACACGCCGGAGAUCCACGUCAAAGAUGGCAGCAAGAUCCGCAACCUGCUGCGCUACACUCUGAGCCGCAUGGAGGCCAAAGCCCGAGCGGCUGACGAGGAGGUACGACCUCAACCUGAGGAAGGCGGCGUAGAAGCACCGCAGGAGGCCCCGGGCAGGCCGCUCUGCAGACAGGUCGUCUUCACCGCGAGCGGGAAGGGCGUCUCCAAAGCCAUCACGUGCGCGGAGGUCGUGAAGCGGCGUGUGAAGGGGCUGCACCAACUCACCAAGCUCCUGUACGGCACCGUGGAGGAGGUGUGGGAGCCGCUGGAGCCCGCCGCCGGCCUCGACAGCCUCACGGUCAGCAGGAGCCUGCCCGUCAUCUGGAUCCUCCUUUCCAGAGAGCCGCUGGACUCCAACCAGCCGGGGUACCAGGCGCCGGGCCACUACGAUGCCCUGUGGGCACAGGCGGCCAACAGGGAGGAGGGCGGAGGGUUCAGCGGGCAGAGACCUGGACACAGGAGGAAGCGAGGAGGAGGCGGCGGCAGAGGGAAAGGAUCCGGCCGUCAGAGCGGUCGGUCGAGAGAGGCGGCCAAAGGACAGAGUUGAUUAGGAUUUCUGAAGCAGUUGCUUGGAGCUCGGAAACGUUGCCCUCCUGAAAGGUCGUAGCCGGAGACGCUGCUCUCAUCACGGGGAGUUUGGGUCCGUUUGAGUCUAAGAAGAGCCGGUUUGGUGGAAACUGAACACGUCUGAGAAGAUGACCUCACACCGGAGCUCCCACAGAGUUAAAUCAGCUUUUUAAGUUUCAGAGUCCCCGAGUUUAAUUUGUGUGUGAGCUGAUAAGAAAGCAGGAGACGAGUGUUUCUCAGAGUGAACUUUGCUGUUUGUAAAAUAAAAACAUGCUUCAAAAAC